AUGUGCAAGCACAUACUAAACGCCCAAGUGGCGAUCCGUUCACCAUGCUGCAAGAAAUGGUUUGAUUGUGCCGACUGCCACCACGAGCAGGAGUCGCAUCAGCUCCAGCAGACCCUCGAGAUGACGUUCGCGUGCAAGAAGUGCAAGAAAUGCUUCCGCAAAGACGCGCAGGAGUUCGAGGAGGCCGACGAGUAUUGCCCACAUUGCGAUAACCAUUUCGUCCUCGAGGCCGUCGUGCCCAAGCCCGCGCUUCGUGUCGAAGGCGAGGAUGCGAGAGUGGACAACCGCAUGCUGAAGGACGACCGUGUUAAGAACAACCAGCAGAGAACGAUAUUUGAUAUACAAGCUGAUGCUGAUAAGCUGGGCUGA